GUAAUGGAGAAGUUACCGAAGACCCUGAUAACGAUAGGCUUAUAUUUCUGAUGUAUGCUUUCCAUUUGCUUUAUCCGGUCAAGUCAGCACCGUGUGGGACACGAGAAAAACCGUUUACUACCAACCAAUCUCAUUCAUCUUUGCGUUUCCUUCAAUCAUUUCUCAAUUUCUCUCCUGAUUCUCUGCUUUCUACUUGUAAUUAACUUCCGGUCUUUGCAUUUCCCUCAGUUGGUUUCUCAAUUCUCUCUUGAUUAAUUUCUGUUAUUUGAUUUUUUGAGUUCUUGGAGUGAGACGGGUCGGUCAUGGCUGAUGUACUUGUUUCUACCCUUGUGAGGACAAUCUUGGGGAACCUGAAUUCUCUAGCUCUUCGAGAAAUUGAAGUUGCAAGUAACUUGAAGACAGAGCUUGAAAACCUUGAGAGCACGUUAACUACCAUCCAGGCUGUGCUACAAGACGCAGAGCAGAAGCAAUGGAGGAGUGAAGCUGUGCAGAAUUGGCUUAGAAAGCUCAAGGAUGUAGCCUACGAUGCUGAUGAUAUACUAGAUGAAUUUGCUGCAAAAGCUUUGAGAUGGAGAGCUCGAAGACACAUGAGCUGCCAAGUAAGUGAUUUCUUUUCCUCUCAAAACGCAACUUUGUUUAAUUUUAACAAGGCACAUAAACUUAAGCAAGUUCGGCAAAGAUUAGAUGCUGUUGCAGAGGAGAAAAACAAAUUCCACUUGACAGAAAAAGUUGGGGAUGUGGAAGUUGAUGACAGAGAAUGGCGACAAACUAGCUCCCUGGUGAAUGAAUCUGAAAUACUGGGAAGACAUGAAGACAAGGAAAACAUAAUUAAUGUGUUGCUUACUAGUUUAAGAGAUCAAAAUGAUUUGUCCAUUCAUGCUAUAUGUGGCAUGGGUGGACUUGGAAAGACUGCCCUUACACAAUUGGUCUACAAUGAUGAAAGGGUGGAAAGGGCUUUUGACUUGAAAAUUUGGGUUUGCGUAUCUGAUGAUUUUCAAGUUAGAAGGUUGACAAAAAAAAUCAUAGAGUCCAUUGAUGGCAGCCCUUCUGAAGUCCGGGAGCUGGACGUUCUGCAACGACACUUGCAAGAAAAGUUGAGGGGGAAGAGGUUUCUUCUUGUUUUAGAUGAUGUCUGGAGUGAAAACAAUGAAAUGUGGGAUCGCCUUAAAAAUCCGUUGACGCGUGGGGCAAAAGGCAGCAUGGUCAUAGUAACUACUCGUAUUGAGAAAGUUGCUCUUAUCAUGGCCACUCUUCCUAUAUACCAUCUAGGCUACUUGUCUGAAGACAAUUCUUGGUUAUUAUUCAAGCAACGCGCAUUUCAGAUGAAAAGGAAGGAGGAGUACACAAAGUUGGAAGGAAUUGGAAAGCAAAUAGUUAAGAAGUGUGGAGGGGUUCCCUUGGCUGUAAAAGCUCUCGGAAGUAUGUUGCGGUUAAAACAUAGAGAAAGUGACUGGUUAUCUGUUAAAGAAAGUGAGAUCUGGGAGUUAGGGGAUGAUGGGAGCACCAUUUUACCUGCCUUGAGAUUGAGUUACGAUAAUCUACCAUCAUUUUUAAGGCAGUGCUUUGCAUAUUGCUCUAUAUUCCCAAAAGAUAGUGAAAUGGAUAAAUCUAAUUUGAUAGAGUUAUGGAUAGCAAAUGGAUUUGUUCAUCCUAGAGGACAAAGGGAGUUACAUGAGAUUGGGGAGGAGAUUUUUGAGGAAUUAAGUUGGAGGUCCUUCUUUCAAGAUUUGACAGAACAUAAUGAUGGCACCAUAACAUGUAAAAUGCAUGAUCUCAUUCAUGACCUUGCACUUUCCAUUAUGAGAUUUGAAUGUUAUAUAUUUGAUGACAAGAAGUUGUUGGAGUUUCCAGAAAAGAUUCGACACUUACAUAUUCCCAUGAGACCAGCUCCUCCUUUCCACUUGGAAGCGAGUCUCGUCAAAAAGGAAAAAGAUUUCAUCAAAAGUUGUUCGUUUUUGCGUUCACUUGUUCUAGGUGGCUUGUUUUUGGAUCCCAAAUCUUCUUUGAAACAUAUGAGAGCAUUGGAUUGCUAUAUGAAUCAAGUACCCAGGUCGCUUGGAAAAAUGAUACACCUAAGAUAUUUAAACGUACGUGAAUAUCCUAGCAUCAGCAUCUCCGUCAAAAGAAUUCCAAAGUCUAUCAGUAACUUGGCUCACUUGACUUAUCUAAACUUAUCUCACUCUUCCAUCAAAAGGCUACCUGAGUCGACCACUUGCCUCCAAAACUUGCAGAUAAUGAUACUCUCCCGCUGCUACUAUCUUUGCGAGUUACCUAAGGGAAUGAAGCAUAUGAGAAAUCUAAGAUGCGUUAAUAUCUCACAUUGUGGUUCUCUUAAGCGAACUCCACCUGAGAUCGGGUACCUGACCCGAUUGCUAGAACUGAGUAUUUUCAUAGUAAGGAAGGACCACGGUUGUGGAAUUAGCCAGCUGAAAGAAUUAAACCUUGGGAAGGAGUUAUGUAUAAAGGAACUCAAUAAUGUGACAGGUUCAACAGAAGCCAAGAGUGCCAACUUGAUAACGAAGGAAAAUCUUAAAUCGUUGAGUUUGAUUUGGGGAAAACAUGCAGGCGAAUGUCCACAUAACGAAGAGGAGGUUCUUGGCAGUCUCCAACCUCAUUCUAAUCUGAAGUCUUUACAGAUAUGCGGUUAUCAAGGUUUAAGACUUCCCAAUUGGAUGAUUGAGAUACCGAAUUUGGUCUCAGUUGAGCUUGACCAGUGUGAAAGAUGUCCACGUCUUCCACCUCUAGGGAAACUACCCUUGCUCAAGUUUCUUAAAAUAAGGGGAAUGGAUGCUGUAAAGUGUAUUAGCAGUGAAUUCUGUGGAGAUGGGGUGAAUUCAUUCCCAUCAUUGGAGGAACUCAAUUUUGACUUAAUGCCUAAUUUGGAGACAUGGAGAACACUGGAAGGAAGAGAAAGUUUUCCUCGUCUGCAGAGCUUGACUUUCAGGAAAUGCCCUAAGUUGAUCGAAUUACCGGAAUUUCCAACCCUCAGAAAGUUACGAAUUUGGACAAGAGGGGACUACUUUGGCCUCUUUUCAAAACGUGAUGGUCUUGGUUCUCUCGAGAUCAAUGAUCUUUCUAUCUUGACAGUUGUUCCCCAUGGAUUGUUGCAAAAUCAUACGUAUCUUGAGGAGUUAACAAUAGAAUCCUUACCCAAUCUCAAGUCUCUGUCGAAUCAGCUGGAUAAUCUAUCUGUGCUUAAACACUUGGAUCUUAGGGACUGUGACAAACUUGAAGACAUUCCGGAAGCGCUUCAAAACCUCAACGCUUUAGAGAGCUUGAAAUUAGUUGGGUGUGAUAGUCUUGUUUCGUUUCCUGUUAACGGAUUGCAUGGCUUAACUUCUCUUCGCAACCUAACGAUUAGCUGCUGUGAGAGGUUUGCCUCUUUAUCUAAUGGGGUCAUGCAUUUGACGCAGCUUGAGGAAUUGCGUCUUCUUAGAUGUCCAAUGUUGAAUUCCUUACCGGAGGAAAUUCAACAUCUAAAUGCUCUUCGAACAUUGACAAUUAGCGAUUGUGACGGAUUAACUUCUGUCCCAAACCAGAUAGAACAGCUCACCUCGCUUUCCAAGUUGGAAAUUGGUCUUUGUCCGAAUCUAACGUCUCUGCCUCAAGGGCUACGGAGUCUCACAGCACUCAAAACACUGUGGAUUCGAGGAUGCCCGCACCUGGAAAGGAGGUGCAAGAUAGAGGGAGGAGAGGAUUGGCCCAACAUAGCCCACAUUCCUUCUAUUCAAAUCAUGCCUUAUGAAAAAUAUUACCAUGGAAUACGAAUAUUCCAUGGCAGUCUCUUAACAAGGUUUGGUGAUUGGAAACUCCCAAGAAAAUUUUUGAAAUCUCAGUCGGAUUCAUGAAUAAGUGGAACAAAGCUGAUGCGUGGGAUGAACUUUGCAGAGAUGUGUAGUACCCGAGUUGUGCAUCAACAUCUUGAUCUAGGUUCAACAUUAUUUGUUAGAACAUAGGAUUGAAAAACUGAAAAUAUUUGAAAAAGGUUUAAAGGUGUGUAUUACUAUAUAUUUCUGGGUUUAGAGUUUUAUCCAUUUUUAUUGUAAGUAUGUAAAAGGGUUAUUGAUGAUAAAUGUUGAUAAUGUAAUGAAUGUUAGUAAUUGACUAUGUUUUGUACGGAAAAUUCAAUGCACUUAGCAUUUAUUUUUGUA